AUGAGACUCAUCUCCACCCUCUGCGUCCUCGCCGUGUGCGCCCUUUCGACACAAGCACAAAGCAAUACCACAGUCGGAAAUGCGACUGAUCCAGACCUGAACACAGCCCGCUGCACCGAUUUCUGCGCCGGCACAAACGCAACCGACGACCUCAACACCUACAUCUGCGGCGACCCACGCCUAGGUCCCGUCCGCCUCCCCUCCGCCCUCCCCCUCGACGGCAUCGUAGGCGGCGAAAGCACAUACCACCGCUUCGGCGGCGCCUGUCCCGGCGAAUUCCUCGCACAAUGGACCAACGCCACAACCGGCAGCUUCGUCUACCCGCCCUUCGACGGCUACACCCUCACCACAACCGGGGAACCCGGGAUCCUGAACAUCUCCCUCGCCGUCGGCACGCUGGUUGAUCGGUUCGGGAGUGAGUUUGGCGCGUACACGUCUCCAGCGGGACUGCCGUAUGCGCAGCGGUCGCUGCCGCCGUGGAAUUUGAAUGCCGCGCCGGGGGCGAUGUAUCCGUAUAAUUAUCAGGUGUAUGUGGUUACGAGGCGGUUCAAUGUGCAGAGUGGGCCGAUUGCUGGGUGGUUUGGACAGCAGGGGCUUGGGUUGCAGUUUUUGAUGCCGAAGGCCGUUGGGGAGUUGGUCGAUUCGGGGUAUCUUACGAGGUUGAAUCAGACUGCGGAUCCGCUGUGGUGA